AUGUGUUUGCUCCGCCCUGCUCCAAAUGACGGAGUAACAACAAUCAGUCACAGUUAUCGUCAACCGGUUAUUAUUGAUACUGACGCAGAUGUGGAUGACUUGUUUGCUAUAUCUUAUCUGAUGAAUGUGCGUAUCACAGUCCAAAUUCCAACGAUCGAAAUUAUGGCAAUAACAACAGUUGGAAAUGCUUUUACUUCACCACUGUAUUCAGCACCAGUUGUAUUAACAUUAUUGAGCAAACUCAAUUGCCAAUAUGGUGUACCGGUCGCACAUGGGCAAAAUGCUCCGUCGUUACCAUUAACUGGUUACGGUGUUCCGAUGAGUCUGAUCACGGCCAUUGAUCAGUAUUUUAAAUGUUUAAAUACAUCGAUUAAUCCCGGUGUUGAAGCAUCUCCAUUUAAUGCUGUUGAAUUGAUUAUAUAUAUUCUGAAGAGAGCCGAACAUCCCGUUGACAUUCUCGUUCUUGGUACACUUACUAAUAUAGCUGAAGCUAUUACACGUGAUCGAACCAUUGUAUCGAAAAUCGGUACACUCUAUUUUUCAAGUGCAGGUGAUCUUUUACGUCGACGUAUUAAACAACACAUACUGCCAAAUAUAUUUAAUGCAACGAACAUUGCUGAUGUUGAUGAUGUUAAUCCAAAUGUAUUUCUUGAUCUGCUUGCAGUACAACGUGUUUUCGCUGCUGGGAUUUCGCGGAUUGUUAUGAUGCCGUCCGAAAUUCAGCAUCAAGUGCCAUACAACACAACACAAUUGAAACAUUUUCUCAAACAAUACAAUAUUACAUUGACAAAAUUUGUUUAUGAUUUUAUAACAAGUUUUGCCAAAUGUUUAUAUGAACCCGAAGAACGUUUAUAUUGGUGGGAUCCAAGUACAGCACAAUUGAUGAUUCAAUUGCAACAUGGUGAAAAACCAUCUUUUUGUACAGAAUUUGAUUCAAACCAACAUGUUAAAAUUGUUUCAUCACCUUUUUCUGGUUCAAAAUAUUUUGGACAAGAAGUCAAGGAUAACAAAAAUCAUUUGACAAAUGUUACGAUAUGUAAAAAACUCGAUGAUGAAGUAUUUUUGAGAACAUUUUUAACACAAAUUGAUACAAAACAUUCAUGUUCAUACAAAAACAAAUACAAACAUCGAUACGACAUUCGGUUGCAAAAGGAAUUGUUAAAAAACUAA